GGCAGUUCGAUCCAGGAUACAGCGCUAGCGGACUGCAUGCCGCGGCUAGCUGAAAGACCGCAGAGAGAUCUUUUGUCAAACAAUCUCUGGCAUUUCUACUCCAUCUGGAACCGCUUCCAGAAGGGUGAACGCGGUCGAGAUGUGCGACAACAGCUGAUCGUAUUCUCCCAACAUAUAGCCAGUUUCCGGUCUCAGGACAGCAGCUUAGCCGAUCGGCUAGAGACACGUCAAGAUCAGGCCCGAGCCAAGCUGUCCACUCCAAACAAGCUGAUUCCAGCAUUCUCGUUGAUUGAUUGCUGCAACCAGGCCCUCAAUGCGGGGGCCGAUGGCAGAAGACGGGGCCAGCUGCUGUCCAGACCAUAUCACAAGGCCUCCCGGUAUCUGACCAUCGGCGCCGGCAUCGUCUACGCGGCCGCUCGCCUCACCAUCAUCGCCCUACUGUUCACGACGCUCAGGUCGGUUCCCGAAGGCGUGUACACCGACACCCCCUGGACGCGCUUCCUGCCAAACAUCUCAUGACAACGCCUCAGCGGUGCAAGCGCCAUCACCACGACAUUAUCACGUCGAGCGGCGGAAACAAGAGUUCAAAGAGAGAACCAUAUUUCACGCAGAGUGUUGGUUUACGCACAUAUACUCGUAACCU